UGCUGCAUUGAUAGCUCCCAGCUGCUCAGCCUGCACCUCUCUGCUCCCAUCUAGCCCCGCCUUGAUUGCCCAGGCAACCAGCAGUCCAGCCAAUCAGCGUCUGGGACCGCGCCUGUGUCGGGCUCUGCAGAAGGCAUGACUGUCAGAAAAGCUCUGAUCGUCCUGGCGCAUUCAGAGAGGACGUCCUUCAACUAUGCCAUGAAGGAGGCUGCUGUGGAGUCUUUGAGGAAGAAAGGAUGGGAGGUGGCCGUGUCGGACCUCUAUGCCAUGAACUUCAAUCCUGUCAUUUCUCGAAAAGACAUCACAGGUAAGCUGAAGGACCCUGAGAACUUCAAGUACCCCGUGGAGUCUACUCUGGCUUACAAAGAAGGCCGUCUGAGCCCAGAUAUUGUGGCUGAACAAAAGAAGCUGGAAGCUGCAGACCUUGUAAUAUUUCAGUUCCCGCUGCAGUGGUUCGGAGUCCCUGCCAUCCUGAAAGGCUGGUUUGAGCGCGUGUUCAUAGGAGAGUUUGCUUACACGUAUGCUGCCAUGUAUGACAAUGGGCCUUUCCGGAAUAAGAAGACCUUGCUUUCCAUCACUACUGGGGGAAGCAAAUCCAUGUAUUCUCUGCUGGGUGUCCACGGGGACAUGAAUGUCCUUCUCUGGCCAAUUCAGAGUGGCAUUCUGCAUUUCUGUGGCUUCCAAGUCUUAGAACCUCAACUGACAUACAGCAUUGGGCACACUCCUGAGGAUGCCCGGAUUCAGAUCUUGGAAGAAUGGAAGAAACGCCUGGAGAAUAUUUGGGAUGAGACACCACUGUAUUUUCCCCCAAGCAGUUUCUUUGACCUAAACUUCCAGGCAGGGUUCUUACUGAAAAAAGAGGUACAGGAGGAGCAGAAAAACAAGAAAUGUGGCCUUUCUGUGGGCCAUCAUUUGGGCAAACCCAUCCCAACUGACAACCAGACCAAAGCUAGAAAAUAAAAUUUUAACAUGUGAUUUCCUUCUGACAAAAAGUCAA